AUAUUGACCCCGCAUGAUGCAAUUUAAGCAUUCAACUUUCGCUGUGCAUAAGAAGCGCGUUGUCAUCAAUCUUAGCCUUAUUAAAUAAUUAACUUGUGUUAAAAUGGCUCGUGAUUCCAUAUAUACACUUCUUGUUUUUACCGUAAUCUGUUCAAUCAAUUUUACCGUGGCAUUUCCAAGAGACAGCAGUGUUAUUAGAACAGAACCUCUGACGAGUAAUAAUGACGAUGUUGCGUCAAAAGUGAAAGAGAUUUCGCCUCAAACAAUCACUGUGUCGGAUUCAGUAAAUGAAUUUAAGAUACCCGGUCGUAUAAGCUGCCCGCAUGAGGAAGCUACCGAAGAUCCGAGCUGUUUAGAACAUUGCCUUCCUAAAGGGUAUUCUUAUGGAUUGUGUGUUAGCCAUAUUUGUAGUUGUAUUUAAUUUUACUAGUAAUAAAAAGAAAUGACAUUAA